GCUUUACAUGAUUGUAAUCUGGAGCAUAUAUAAUAAAAAUUUAUCCAACCGAAGUUUCAUUUCGGCAUGUUCUGAAAUCUGAAUUUUACAAUUUUUCCAUUACGAUUGAAAAUGGAUUCGAAGCUGCUAUUUAGUUGUAUUAUUUUAUUUGUCAGCGUUUUCAAGGAAGGAUGCACCUCGGAGAUAGCUGCAGGACAUGAAAAUUAUAAUAAGGAGUAUUAUAAUAAAAUAAUAGAAGAUGUGAAGAAAGCUGGCGCUCGUUGGGAGGCAGGGCACAAUUUCGAAGAUGACGAAGAAUUUCGUCACUUGCUUAGUUCAUUAGACCCCCUAAAAGAUUUGGCACCCAAACCUAAACCUAAACACGAGUGCAUUCACACCCAAAUGAAUAAUGCCGCCGCUGACCCCAAAGUAGGACACGCCAAGGGUCACACACAUUCUUUUAAUGGUUUAAAAGAAUGGAAACAUUGCAAAUCAGUGCGUCGCGUAUGGAACCAAGGAAGAUGCGCUUCAGAUUGGGUAAUUGCUCCAGUGGCUGCUUUUACUGAUAGAUUAUGCAUCGCUUCGAAUGGCACAUUCCAAGACAUCAUUUCGCCUGAAACUCCUCUGGCAUGCUGCAAAAGUUGUGGUUGGGGAUGUAAGAAAGGUUACCCCAGCGCAGUUAACGAAUAUUUGGUUAGAAAAGGUGCUGUAACGGGCGCCGAAUUUGGUUCGAAAAAAGGUUGCCAACCUUACUCCGUUUGGCCUAGCAAACAUGCAAAAUACUUCCAAAGAGUUUAUGCCCAAACCCCAAAAUGUCAAAGACAAUGCACUAAUGAAAAGUACAAGAAACGUUUCUAUCAGGAUAUCAUUAAAGCCAAACGAGCUUUUUCUUACACUUGCCCAUACUGUUGCGCUUCUGAAUUGAUGAGACAUGGCCCUGUCACAGCUACUAUGAUCGUUUACGAAGAUUUCAUCGCAUACAAAAAAGGAGUUUAUCACCACGUUACUGGAAAGCCAAUAGGCAAACUGACCGUAAAAUUGGUCGGAUUCGAUGACGAGGAUCCCGAAAAUAAAUACUGGAUCGCUAUAAAUUCAUGGGGUAAGAAAUGGGGUAACAAUGGACAAUUCCUGAUUCGAAGAACAGUCGAUGAAUGCCAGAUUGAAGGAUCCAUGCAUGGAGUCUACGUGUAUUCGGAUGCUGACGAAAGUGAAAGUAGCAGUAGUUCGGAGGAAGAAGAGCAAGACGACAUCGAUAACAAUGAAGAAUAAUCAUGUAUCAUUGUAAAUAAAUCGCUCGUUUUCGCA